AUAUUGACGUAAUCUCGCUAACAUUUUCCCUCCCACGUCUAUAAAAUGGCACCCUAUUUCUCCUCUACCCAACUCAACCCAGCCUUAAUUAUUUGUAGAAUUGUCUAGAAUCCCUCGAUCCCUCCUAUUCCUCAGCUAGUCCGGUUAAGACCAUGGUUCAAGAAAAAAAGAUAGUUGAUGAAGUAUCGGGAUGGCUAACAGUUUUCGACGAUGGCUCAGUCGAUAGGACGUGGACUGGACCACCUGAGGUCCAGUUCAUGGCAGAUCCUGUAUUGCCACACAAUGACUUUGUAGAUGGAAUUGCUAUGAAAGACAUCAUUAUCGAUGCAGAUUCGGGCCAAAAGGUACGAAUUUAUUUACCCGAAAAGAACGUAGAAGACAUGGACAAACUUCCUAUAUUACUUCACUUCCACGGUGGUGGAUUUUGCAUUAGCCAGGCUGACUGGUACAUGUACUAUGCUGUUUACACCCGCCUGGCUCGUAUAACUCGAGCCAUAGUUGUUUCUGUAUACCUCCGUCGUGCUCCAGAGCACCGCCUCCCUGCCGCCUGUGACGACGGGUUCGAUGCACUCCUCUGGCUUCGCUCUUUAGCACAGGGCAAGGCCUACGAGCCCUGGUUCAAUGACCAUGUAGAUUUUGGACGCGUUUUCUUAGUAGGAGACAGCUCCGGUGGCAACAUAGUACACCAGGUGGCGGCGCGUGCUGGAAAUGAAAACUUGACUCCGCUUAAACUAGUUGGCGCGAUUCCAAUCCACCCCGGUUUCGUCCGUUCAAGGCGGAGCAAAUCGGAGAUGGAACAACCGGAAUCGCCCUUUCUAACUCGCAACAUGGUGGACAAGUUUUUAAACAUGGCUUUGCCUAUUGGAAGCAACAAGGACCACCCCAUAACUUGUCCAAUGGGGGAGGCGGCGCCGCCGCUACAGAACCUGAAUCUGCCGCCAUAUCUGUACUGCGUGGCGGAUCAGGAUUUGAUCCAGGACACUGAAAUGGAAUUCUAUGAGGCCAUGAAAAGGGCUAACAAAGAAGUGGAACUGCUGAUCAAUCAUGGAGUAGGGCACAGCUUUUAUUUGAACAAGAUUGCUGUUGACAUGGAUCCAAAUACAGCAAAAGAAACAGAAAAACUUUUUGCAGGGAUCAAAGAAUUUAUGCACAAGCACUGAAUAUUUAAAUUUUCUCUGUGAAUGUUAAAUUAAGAGUCGUAUUAUUUUCCUGUAUGAAUAAUUAUGCUAUUCAGCAUUUUAUGAUAUUUAUGGUGAUUUUAAUUAAAAUCAUAAGAAAA